UCAAGACAUGGUGACCAUCCGGCAAGCCCUGCUAUCUGUGGGGGGCGAGGACGCCGGAUCCAUUUCGCCAACUGUUGCGGCCCUGUCAGAUUUAGGCUUUGACGUAGAUGCCGAGGUCGGCGGCGCUUUCCGACUGCUGAAUGCGGAACAGGCAGCAGGCCUCACUGUUCGACAACAGUUGGCUCUAAAAGCCGCCAUCCAAGCUGCGGCAAUUGCUGCCCCACCACCGGGUCCCAGCUCUGGUGUGGUGGAAGUUGGAGCCAGCGCUAAAUAUGAAACCGACACAAGUUCCCGCUACAUCCGCGAGAUGCUGCCAUCACUGACAUCACGGCUAUCACUGGGCUCUUUUCCGGCUGCAACAGAUCUUCGAAGCUUCCUGGAAGGGCCCUUGGCCCGGAAGCUGCCAGUGCACAAAAGGCUUGGCAUCAUCCAGCAGAAUGUCGACAUCGCGGACUACAUCACCCUGGAUGAAGAUGAUGUUAAAACUGCACAUGCUCUGUCGACCGUUGUCGAACUGGCACUCAUCGGGGGAUCUGCAGGCGGCACAUCAGAGUAUAAAACUGCCUUCCAGGUUGCACUUGUCGUGGAUAUGCCGCUUGAGCUCGCCGCACGUGCCCUCAACCUGGACGUGUCUCAGGACCGCAACGUGAAGGACACAUCUGGUGCCACAGUUCGACGGAAACGGCCCGACUACGUCUGCUGGAUAAAUAACGCCCUAGUAUUUAAGGGCGAGAAGAAGGCAUCGGCAUCAGGCAUGCAGGUGGCCAUUCAAGAGCUAUCGGACAAGAUGGCACGCCCGUGGGUGCCAGAGCUGCUGCCUGGCGUCAGCAUGCCGUGCAUGAUAGCCUACGCGGCUGCUGGUACCAUGCUCCAGUUCUUUUCCAUCUGGAACAGUGGUAAAGUUGAAGUUCGCCCAAUCAGCAGUCUCUACGAUCUGAGCACGCCCUUGGGGCGCAUCCGAGCCUUGCACUGCACAUUCAACAUCGUGCGCCUGCUGGUGUCGUACGCGCCACACGCGCCUAAGAUUCCGGUCGCCCUCGGAAGCGAGAUUCAAUCCAUGGGUUACCGUGGAGAGCUCCUCCGUACUGUCAGAUUCUUUGAAGAUUUUGUACAGAAGCGUGUCUAUAAUUUCGAGGAGCAGCAUUCUGGUGUUAACGAUUACAGCCUUCUCAAGGAGCUGUACACCAAUGCCGCGCUGGCGCAGUGCCCAAACCUUGUACGGCUCCACUCAUCCAAUGACAUGGACGCCAUCCACCUAGACGGCAAGACGCUGGUGCUGCACUUGGUGCCCCACGGUGUGCCGCAGUACGGGCCGCCCGGGGACGAGGCCAGCCUUAAGCAGGCGAUUCUGGACGUGCUCACUGGGAUUGAGUCGCUCCAUGCAGCAGGCUUCGUGCACCGGGACAUUCGCUGGGCCAAUGUGAUCAUGGUGCCAGGCUCAGCACCCAACGUGGCGGAUAUGUUCAUCCUGAUUGACUUGGAGCACGCCGGGCGGGCUGACAGCUCUCAGGACUGCCGCCAGUCACCCUUCCCCCUGGCGACGUGGCCGGAGUUCAACCCCAUCUUGGAUUCGGUGGAUGGCCGCUACACGCGCGCGUCGGACCUCUGCCUCGUGUCGCACUGCCUUCUGGCCUACCUGCCCUUCGAGCUCAGCGCCAGCGGUGUGGCCUUCAAGCGCGCACUGUCUAACCGGGAGCUGGAUGCUAGGGGCGCACUGGCGCACGAGUGGCUUGCGGGGAUAUGACUGUAGGACGUGUUGGCCAUGGAGCAGCCCACGGAUAGCAAGCGGCAACGAGGCACGGGGUGUGGAAGCUGCUUUGGGUUUGGUACAACCAUGCAUGCAGACACCGGAAAAUGCUGGGAGGCGGCUGCCAAUGUCGUACCAUCCAAAUUGCUUUAGGGCCCUGCAGCUAUUAGCGCGGCUGGGGCCUGGUCUCACCUGGCGGGUUAUGCGACUAGAGGUUGAGCUGAGCACUGAGAUGGAAAGGCCCGCGAGGGCCUCCGACAGGCGCGAGGACGCGUUGGCCGCCAUCCUCGCCGUCCGGGUCUUCGGAGGGGUCACGGUAAACCAAGCUGUAGGAGCCCUUGAGCGGGCUGGUGUGCGGCCGGAAGAUGUCGAUGAGGUCAUCUUUGGCAAUGUUAUAUCCGCGAACCUCGGCCAGCUGCUGUCUGCUGCUGUCAAAUCCUCAGACAGAUAUAAGCCCGCAUCGAUUGGACACGUCACCGACAACCCCCUUGCUCCCGCCACCCAGGCGGCCCUCGUUGCCGGGCUCCCCCCCAGCACCCCCUGCACGCUGGUGAACAAGGUAUGCUCCUCGGGGCUGAAGGCGGUGAUGCUGGCGGCACAGGCGAUCAUGGCGGGCUCUGCUGACGUCAUUGUGGCUGGCGGCAUGGAGAGCAUGAGUAACGCCCCACAUUACCUGCCUGGGGCCAGGAAGGGCCUGAGACUGGGCGACGGCUCCGUUGUGGACGGUCUUGUCAAGGACGGUCUGUGGGACCCGUACGGCAACAUCCACAUGGGCAGCUGUGCAGAGAUGUGCGCGGACAGGUUCGCAGUGGGCCGCCAGCAGCAGGACGAGCAUGCGCUGCAAAGCCACCGGCGGGCAGUGGCGGCGGCGGCGGCGGGACACACAGCGGCGGAGAUCGUACCCGUGCCGCGGCCUGGCGGAGGCGGCGGACGUGCGAAUGUGUCGCCAAACGUGGCUGGCGCCGGGGCUGCAGCCGGCAGUAGCGGUAGCAGUAGCGGCGCGGAGGGACCAGCGUCACGCAGCGCGACGAUCGGUAUUCCUGGCGGCGUCGGCGCGAGCGGCAGCAGUGGUAGCGGCGGCGGUGGAACUCCGCCGUCGUUGUACGGCACGGUGGCCGCCGCCGCAGCUGCGGCGGCGGCUGCAGCAGCGGGUCCCGCCGCCGCCACAGCAGGGUCGUACAUCUGGGAGGAUGAAAGUCUUUCGAAGAUGGACCCUGUACGGCUGACGGCGCUUAAGCCGUACUUUCGUCGUGACGGCGGAACGGUCACAGCAGGCAACGCGUCGCCUAUGACCGAUGGGGCGGCGGCAUUGGUGAUAGCGAGUUAUGAAGCCGUACAGCGUCUGGGCUUGCCAUUGCUGGCGGCGGUACGGGGCUUUGCUGACGCAGCACAAUCGCCAGAAUGGUUUACGACAGCCCCGGCGCUAGCAGUACCACGCGCACUCAAACACGCGGGGCUGACGUCAGCAUCUGACGUGGACUAUUGGGAAGUCAACGAGGCGUUCAGCGUCGUUGACCUGGUCAACAGGCAGUUGCUGGGGCUACCGGCUACACGGCCUUUUCAGGGUCAACGUCUUCGGCGGGAGUGUGGCUCUAGGGCAUCCUAUCGGUGCAAGCGCUGGGUGCCCCAGCUAAGCCUCGUCAAGUGGAUACGCAACAACGACGAUGACGAUGACCACGAGCCGACGGCGGGCAGCUGCUUCCGUUCACAACGAUUUUCCUAAACAAGUUCGUCGUCGGAUUUCCUCCCAGACGGAAUUUCAUUCGCUAGGGCUCCCUUCCUAAACCGCGCCAAGGUAUCAUGAAGGAUCUGCAGUUUUUUGUAAAAAAAAGGCGCACGG